AUGGCCGGCCCUGAGGACGCAGACCAAGAGCCAACGCUCCCACCUCUGUCCCUCGCCACUCUGGUCCCUCCUCCCGUGGCCGGAGUCAAGCGGCCAGCGCCAUCGCUUCUGCCCGCCUUCGAGCCUCUGUCUUCCUCGCCUGGACUCCCUCGUCCAGCCAAGAGGCAUGCCCACGACUCGGCCUUUGGUCGUGGCACCGCUGCCCUCAAGUAUCCUACGCCAAUUCCGACUUCGAGCACCGGUAUUCUCUCGUCCUCGCCCCCACGCGUCCAGCCGUCUUCGCAGGCCCGGCCCGCCCUCUCUCGCACUCUAUCUUCGGUUUCGGAACGUGCACCUCUGUGCGCGGUACCUUCGAUCGAGCUCAACGAGAACGGCGAGAUGCUCCUCAUGGGUCGCUCGAGCCAUUCCUCUCACUACCAGAUCUCGUCUAACAGACUCGUGUCGCGUGUACACGUCAAGGCGCGUUACGUGCCCAGAUCCUCCUCACUGGAACCGGGCAAGAUAGAGAUCAUCUGCAAUGGCUGGAACGGCGUGAAGCUUCACUGCCAAGGAAGGACUUGGGAGCUCGCCAAGGGCGAUACCUUUACAUCCGAGACGGAGAAUGCCGAGAUCAUGUUGGACGUCCAGGAUUCCCGCGUGCGCCUCCACUGGCCUAAGGUGGACCGCAUUGACUCGGCAGCUCACCUUUCAGAUUCCUCGUGGGAAGAUUCUCCUCAGUCUCGUCCUCGCCAUAGGCCAACCGGCUCUGCAUCAGAUCUGCUCCAGUCCAGCCCGCUGCGAAGACAGACACGGGUGCAAUCUCCGGAAUCACCAACGCCAGGGGUCAAGUCCUCUCAGAACAGUUUUGGCUCCCUGUUCUCUCCUGCCAGCGGACAAGACGACCAAGUCCAGAUCUACGAGGAUGCCAGUGCCGAUGAGGAGGAGCUGCCUGUUGCGUCGCACGAUGUAGAUGCAUCAUUCGCGCAUACGGAGAUUGGCAACAGCUUCUCUAGCGACCUGAGUGAUCCGGAAGAGGCUGAUCCUGAUGAGGAGAACGAUCCCAUCGUGCACUCGUUCGGUCCUUUCGGUGCCAAUCUCUCGAACCGCCUGGCUGCUUUCGCCACCGACUCUCCCAAGCAGCCGUCGCGUGCUCCAUCUGGCAACUCUACGGCGAAACCCUCGGCGGAGCCCGAGGAGCAGCCCAUCAACCCCAAGGUCGAUGUCGCUGCCGUCACCAACCACGUAGUGAACCAGCUGGCCUACUCACGACUGUCCUCCAACCCGCUGUCCGGAAUCCUCAACAACUUGCCCGUGGAGGAGAAGAAGGAUCUCAGCAGGCGGGACUUGCGCAGAAUCAUUGAAACCACCAAGUGCAUCGGCAUAAUUUCACGAACGGGCAAAGAUGCGGCGGGCAAAGCCCUCGAAAGCGAGUACUACUAUAUCCCCGAGCACGACACAGACGAUUCUCGCCGACUCGCCGUCACGGACGGCUUGCGGAAGCCGAGUUUGCGUGCCUGCAGAAAACAACACAAGCAAUAUUACUGGAAGCGACCAAGAACUCCUUAG